CAAAUAUGAGGAAAAGAGACGACUCCCUAGAUGUUCCAAAUUGGGCAAUUGAGCAUGAACUAAUGAAUCAUCAUGAAUCUCAGCCGAUCGAAAAGCAAGAAAUUGAUCAAAAUGGGUCAAAAGCAUCCAAUGGGUUGGAUUUACUUAUCAAGAGCCAAGAAGUAAAUGUAUUAAUAGUAUACACAGGAGGGACUUUUGGCAUGAUCAGUACUGAGAGUGGCUACAGACCCCAGAAAGAUCUCCUGCACAACCUUCAUUCCUCCAAGCAUCUUUAUGAUGUAGAGUAUUCUAAGGAUAAUUAUAUCAAAGGUACCUCUUGCACGCCACUAACUUUGAUGAAUAAAAGAAUUAGGUAUCACCUGAAGGAAUAUGAAGACCUGAUCGACUCUUCAGAGCUUAAUAGCAUGCAUUACAAGAGAAUAGCAAGCACUAUUGAGAAGAACUAUGACAAGUAUGAUUCCUUCAUUAUAAUCUAUGGCACAGACACAAUGUCGUAUAUGGCUUCUCAGCUAUCUUUCAUGCUAGAGAACUUAUCUAAGACAGUAGUAAUCACUGGAGCCCAGAUUCCUAUUUCUGAAUGGAGAAAUGACGCAGAGUCCAACCUUAUUGGAGCGCUAACUGUAGCUGAGCAUUGUAUCCCUGAAGUCACAGUCUUGUUUAAUGGAACAUUGUUCAGAGAAAAUAGAGUUAUCAAAGCUGACUCGACUAAAAUGCAAGCAUUUAGCUCUCCAAAUUUCAGAAAGCUAGCUACUUUUGAUGUUUUUCUCAACUAUCAGAGGGACAUCAUCAGAAAGCCUCCCACACCUGAGCACAAGUUCAAAGUAUUCAGCAUGCUAGAGCGAAAGAUCUCUCUGAUAUACAUGCAUCCGCUGAUGACUGAAGAUAUCUUUCUUAGUUCUUUUAAACAAAGUAAAGCAAUCGUGCUUCAAAUGUACGGAAUGGGAAAUUUCCCCUUGGAAAGGACUGACCUGGUUAGCAUCAUUAAAGAUUCAGUUCUGAAAUACAACAAAACAGUAAUUAUUGCCAGUCAAUGUCGUGAUGGCAUAGUUAAAGAUAAUUACUCCAGACUCAGGGAGCUAACUGAUAUAGGAGUAAUCCUUUCUGAAGAUAUGACAACCGAAGCCAUUAUUGCAAAACUCUCUUAUGUCCUUGGGAAAGGAUAUCGAGGCAAGCAUGUUGAAGAUCUCAUGAAGACUGAUCUUCGAGGAGAGAUAUGUGCUCCCAUUGUGAAAGCAGAAAAAGAAGAUGAGUCAGAUAUGUCCAAGAUUCUAUCAAUGAGCAAUAUUAUCCAGAAAUCUACACCUGAAGAUCUUAACAAAGUUGCUGAAAUGUUGCAUUCAAGUUUGUUAAAUUCAGCAAUAAAUUCUACAGGUACCUCAAAUCUCAAGAAAUUGUUGCAAAAUGGACUUGAUCCUAAUGUCAAAGACACUUCAGGGUACACUCCAUUACACUUAGCAGUUAAGUCUAAUAAGGAAGAUCUUGUUGACUUACUCCUAUCCAUAGAAGGAGUUGACAUCAAUCUCAAAGACAAUGAAGGAAACUCUGCUUUAUAUUAUGCUUGCUAUAAUGGAAAUGAAGAAAUCACAUCAAAAUUACUAAAAGAAAGCGAUUAUUUGGAACCCUCUGCAACUUUAUGAGCUUGAUUAGCUGCUAAAACUAAAAUAAACGACUUGCAAAGUCUCAAACUCUUCCGUAAGGCAGGUAUAUCCCUCAACCAAGAGACCAAGGAGGGGAAAGAAGUGUAUAAAAUUGCUAAGGAAAUGGGUCAUAGUGAAAUCCUACAUUUUCUCAACUUUACAGGAAAAUUGAUGAGCCUAAAAAUAAUUAAUAAACAAGGAACUUUAUGAAAAGAGCAAGAUUCUUCAACAAUAGAAGGAAAUUCAAUGGACAGAGCUGAAAAAUCAUCCAAAGCAGAAUAA